CGGACCCCACAUCCUGGCUUGCACAUUGGGGAGCUUCUCAGCACUUUGGGAAUCCUGCCUGCGGCAGGGCUUUCUUUGCAGUGGAUUUGCUUGCUAUAGGGAAUUGGGACAGGUUCAACUUGAAGCUUCAUCUUACUCUGCUAGGACUGUGAGAGAAGCCUUUAGGUGGUUUGUGUACCCUGCACAUGAGCUCACGGUUUCAGCAGGGAGCAGCAGCCUGCCAGUAAAGAUGAAAAAUCAUCAGCCCGUGGAUUGUUGGAUCCUACCAUGCCCUUCGUGCCAUGACCGAUGUCUGAAAGAGGAAAAGCCCCUGUUCUCUCUGACAGAAGUCCUAACCUUGCUGGUCGCUGGUGGACAGUGGGAGAAAUCAGCUGGGAUGAGACAGCUGAUUUCCCCGCAAGGUUCGGUGACACCCCAUGUCCCAUGUGAUGCUUGUUCCAUCUUUGUCAGUCCAUAUGUCACUGACUCAUUUUUUUCAGUGAUGUGUCAUGAAAAUAAGCCUUCUGUGCAACAACAGUAAGAUCAGAAGUGUAAAGCCCAAGCAGUGCUGUGCAUCCUGUAGUGGGGUUAUCCCCCGGGAUUCACACACCAGGUUUGCCACUCACUUCAGGAAUUGCCAGUGUUGUUGAUUGGAAUUGCCCUAAAAUGUCUUUUUUAAUUGGUUUUUUUUUAUUCCUGGCUCUCCGGUGCUAGCUGCCUUGGUUUCCUAUCCUGUGUCUCACAGGCAGCUGCAUCCAGGAUCCUCUCUGAGAGCAGUAAGGCACUGGAGCAUGAAGAGUUUUCAAGCAAGACUGGGGCACCUCUCCGCCACUGGGAUGAGAGCCCGUGUCUACUGUGAAGACUUUCUGUUCCCAAAGGUGCGCAGGACCAUGGCAGACCAGUGGUCUGUUUACUCCAAGCCUGUCCCAGCAAACGUCAGAGAGCUGUGGACCUUGCUUCUGCAGUGUUCAUGCACUACAGUGGUGAUAGGAGGCCUCUUUUACAACUGGAUGUUUGCUUCCCUGGAGUACUCCCAGCACCUCUGCAUUGCAAUGGCAGUCUCCUUCAGUCUGCUCCUUCUCCUGACCCUUUUCUUGGUGCAUCCUGCCCGUUGUGUCUUCAGUAUGAUCAUGCCUACGUUAGGUACCAAACAAGGCCGGAAACUUCUCUUGUCAACCUGCAUCAUGAUAGUAGUGGUUAACAUAACACCCAACAUCAUAAGCAACAUUAAAACCAUACUGCAAAUUAUAAAGUGCAUCUGCAAGAAUUCCUCUGAGAGUCUUCUGAACUCAACUGCUCUGCUAGAGACAGCUUCCUGGCAGUUUGGGGAUGCAAUCCAGGAAACAGUUAAUUCCAUUAAUAUUUAUAGGCCUAUGAAUGGACAUUUUCAGUUUUCUUUGCUUAACAACAGCAGCUUGAUUUACCAACAAAUGCACCUUGCUGGUGAGAAAAUUGGGAGGGACUUUUUGGCUGUUGAGAUACUGGUCAAAGACUCUGUACGAGUAGGCAACAGGCUGGUUGCUGGCUUCUCCAUGUUCUAUCUCUGUUUUGAGUCCACCUGGUAUUUGAAAAAUUAUCUGACCAACCUUCGCUUUGACAAUUUUUACAUCACGAAGAAGCUGGAGCGUUUAGCUGUGGAGAAAAGAUCAGCUCAUCUGCUGGUGGGCUCAUCCAAAAGCCUUAUUCGACCAUCAGGCUUGAAGUUGUCCCGGGAAGAAGUUAUGCUGUGCCUCGUGCAAGCCAUGCUUCUCACUGUGGCCCUGAUGCUGAUGCUGGUGGUCGUGGCAAUGGACCACUUUGCAUUCAGGGUGGCAGACACCGUGGUGAGAAAGGCGGCUCAGUUCUCUGCGGUGCCCGUCACUCUCAGCAUCAAAUACAAAGCUAAAAUAGGGAUCCUGCCCUCUCUUUUGAGACUCCUUCUUUACAAAGAAUUAACACUUCUGGACUUUGAAAAAAGCUACAACCAUUCUCUGAUCUUCAGCUCUGCCCACUGUAGGAUCAGUCCCCCGACGCCUCCCAACCCCUCUGUGAUGCUUGUCGUGGGGCUGCUCUUCUGCAUCCUCUACGCCACCGUAUUCCUGGAAACCUAUGCACACCGCCUGUGCAGAAAAAUUGCAGGCUCCUUCUUUGAGACCUGGGAGGAGAAGCGAGCACAUUACCUCUACAAGAAGCUGUCCAGGAAGCACAAAGAGGAAAAUAACUGCGUGAGAAACUAAGGGUACUUUUGGAAAUGCAGGGGGUGCCUGAGACCUGUGGCAGUGGCUGGGCACAGGCUUCUGCAAUGGGAUCCUCUUUAACCUUCCAGAUUCAGAGAAGUGUUUGGAGUCUGGGGGAAAAUAUUUGCCAACACCACCCUCCCCACCCCAUCAAGGUGAAAUGUCACAUUUUGCAUUAAUUUGAGAAAAACAGGCUAAAUUUACUUUUUCUUUUUUUUUCUAGAAGGUCUGGAGUCGGCUGUUCCGGGAAUGGUGGGAGAUAGCUCAUAUGACUUGGAGGAUAGCUGCAGUAUUAGGCAAGAUUAAGUGGGAAACAUGUGGGUGUUGUGGUGGGGGAAGACCUCUUUUACUUCCCCCAUCACAUCCGUGCGGGAAGUACACACUUCCUUUCUUUCUCAAGUUAUACCAUCAGGCAGCAAGAAAGAAAACUCAUUUGAGUUGAUUAAUUUAAUUUUCAGGGAGUUUUUCUUUCAGGUUUCAUGCACAGAAACCUGGGUAGACUGGAUAAAUAUUAGCUUUUAGAAGAUUAUUCACGUAAGAAAGUGUCAUUUCAGUGAAAUAAAUUCAAGACCAAUAUGACCAUAAGAUGCACAUCCUGGGUAUGGGUGGUGGUGGAAAUCACCUCAUGAGGACUUUAUGAAAUCAAUUCGCAAUGGGUCUUCAAAAUAAAGUAUAAAUAAAAUAGCUUAAGGAACUCAAAAGAGGAUGAGACCUGCCAAUAAAGGCCAAUUUGGGUGUCAGUCUCUGUUUCCAAGUUACAAGUGAUGGGACGAGAAGAAAAAGCCUCAGGUUGCACCAGGGGAGGUUUAGAUUGGAUGUUAGGAAAAAUUUCUUCACUGAAAGGGCUAUCGGGGCUUGGAACAGGCUGCCCAGGGACAUGGUUGAGACACCAUCCCCGGAGGUAUUUAAGAGACACGUAGAUGUGGCACUUAGGGUCAUGGUUUAGAGAUGGACUUGGCAGUGUUGGGUUAACAGCUGGACUCGAUGAUGAAUACAUAAACUUGACAUUUGAAUGAGUGCUCUGCGGGGAACAGGGAAGUAGCAGGACUUGGAGGGCUGGACUUGCCUGAACCGAGAGCUGGUUUUAUGUGUUGGGUUGUUUCGAACUCAGGAACUAUGGUAUUGUAUCCAAGAUGCAAAAAUCCAUCACUGGUGGAGCAUCUGAAACAUUAUUUUUGAAAGAGAGGCAGAUCAGACACCUCUCUAAGGGCAACAGCCAAAGGAGGGGGAGUUAAAUCAGUGCCAGGUUAAAAACAAAGCAACUUUGCAGCUUUGUUUCCUCAGAGUAUCUCUAUUAUUUUCCUCCCUUUUCCCAUUACAGUCUUCAUUAAGGUAAUUAUUUGACAUAAUGCACCUCAAUGAUAUUAAAUUAUAGAAGUGAAGUGGCAGCUGCAGCCACAUGCACCAAAUUCUCUCAGCUUCUGAGGUACUUGAAACAAAGUGGGUCUGGAUUAUUUUUUUAAGCAUCUCUCUUACAAAACCCUUGUGCAUUCAUCUCCCCAGGUUUCUUAAUUCCCUGCUGUCUGAUGAUUAAUCCAAGAACCUUUCUGCCUCUACAGCAACUAGGAGGCUUUGUCCUGAGGUUUCUGUAGAAAAUGAUCUGUGUUCUUUUAGGGAAAGACAAAAUAUUUCCACGUGCCCAUUAAGUAGCCAAGAUUAUCUGGAACCAGGGGUUAAAAUAACAGGGAGGAGAACAGAGGAGCCCCUUCAGCCAGCAAACCAUGCCAGCAGUAUGUUGCCUUCCAACAAGCACAUCUUGUUUUUCCUUGGGAAGAGUAAUCUUUUGUGCAUUAAUCCUUAAGAUCUUUUUUUUUAACGUCCAGUGGCAUUUGGAUCCCCCCUGAGCAAUGUCCAGUUCCUCUCCUUGCCUUACAAGGGAGGUCUUCAGAGAAGACUGGGUCAUGGGGAGAGGAGGCUGAAAUGGUGAAGUGCUGGAGAUCAGCAUGGGACUGGCUUUACUUUCGCGAUGGGCCCUCCAGGUUCAGAUGGGGCUUCGGAGCAGAUGAGACCAGAGAGACAGGCUAAGAGGACUAAGUACCACCCUUCGGACAGGCACUCUCCAGCUCCCAGCCAGGGCAGCUGGGCCAUAUAUGAAGCAGCUCCUGAAACACCCCUUCUCAGCCUCAGAAAUAAUAUUUGCUACAAAAAAACUGAUCCCAAAUUGGUUCUUCCUGUCUCCUCUAGAGUCUCCUUCAGCUCCCACUAAAUUUUGACCACUAAAGACUAAUCCUGGGAACUAUGCACUUCUAGAUUGUAAAAUUCAGGGUCAGACAAGCCUUGAUAAGUGUAAUUACAUCUGCUUGAAAGGAUAAUAAUCAGUGUGAGGUACUGCCGCUCUGCCUCCAGAGCCGCAGCCUCCAUAAUCUCUUCAUGAAGCAGAAAUGUGCUCCCGUUUCCAUUUUGCAGACUAAGGAUGAGAUUUUUAUAAAGUUCUUUCAUGGGUAUCACACCAGUUUCAGUGGUUUCAGUGACAAGGAUCCAUAGGCAGCAGAGACCCUGUUGCCUGCCUGCAUCUAGGGGUGAGUUCUCCUGCCCUCAUUUGGACAUCUGCCCUAGGAGGCAAUGGAUCAUGCCCAACAUGCCAUCCAUCUCCUCAGCCUCAGGGCCCUCAGACAUGUUUUUUUCCUUUAAUAGUCAUAUAGAAAUUAGUAACAGAAGAAUUUGGGUUUGGAAGUGUCACGGUUUUAGCUGGGAUAGAGUGAAUUUUCUUCACUGUAGCUGGUAUAGAGCUGCGUUUUGGACUUGGUAUGAGAAUAAUAUUGGUAACACACUGAUAUUUUAGUUGUUGCUAGGCAGUGCUUGUACUAGUCAUUUUCCAGCCUCUCAUGCUCUGCCGGGUGCGCAAGAAGCUGGGAAGGGAGGGGGCACAGCCAAGAGAGCUGAUCCAAACUGACCAAAGGGCUAUUCCAUAUCUUAUGAUGUCAUGCCCAGUAUGUUAACUGGGGGGAGUUCGUCAGGGGAAGCAGCACUCGUGGCUCAGGGACCGGUGGCGUUGGUUGGUGGGUGGUGAGCAGUUACAGCACUUGUUUGGCUUUUUUCCAUCCUCCUGAGGUUUCACCUCUCUCUCGUUAUUUUCCUUUUCUUUAUAUUAUUAUUAUUACUGUUUUAUUUUAAUUAUUAAACUGCGCUUUUCUCAA